AUGGUUGUGAUGCUAACGAAUUCUACAAGUAGAGAGAGAAGAAGUAAUAAUACAAAGUAUAUUACUCCUGUAUCUGCUGCUGAGAAGAGUAUACCAGCAGUACCAGCUCCUGAUGAGAAAACAUAUAAAGUAACAGUUGAAUCUAUUAGAUCUGUAUUAAAUGAUUGGAACUUAAAGAUUCGCAACUUAACUCAACUAAUAAAUGAGCGAAGUGUCGGUAGAGAAACUUUUGAUAGGAAGAAAGGUGAUUUACAAUUAAAGCUUGAUGAGUACCAGAAGCAAAUAGAUAACCUUGAAGAGGAAAGGAAAAGUUUAAUGAUAAAAAUUGAGGAGAAAUCCAAAGAAGGUAAGGAAAUGAAGAAUCAAUUAAGCAAUUUGAAGAAAACUGUGGGAUAUAAAUCUGAAGAGGAAAUAGAAGCUAAGAUCAAAGAUAUUGAGUACCUUUUAGUAACUUCAACUAUUAGCUUAAAGGAGGAAAAAAAACUAUUGGCACAGAUCUCCCAACUUAAACAACAUCGCCCGGUUGUAGGGAAAUUUGCAUAUAUGGAUGCAAGUGCUUCUUCAUUUGAGGAAAAUUCAAUCCUUCCAUUGCGCAGUAAAGUAAGUGCAGUUAUAGAGGAACUCAACAAGUACCGAAAAAUGAAGAAGGAUGUAUAUGAGAAACUACGUUCUUUAACUUUAGAGAGGCAAAAGGCACUGGAGCCACUACGUUCCUUAUAUGAAGAAAGAAGCAUGAUGCAAAAUAAAGCUGAGGAGCAGCAUAAUAAACUUCGUGAAAUUCGUGAGAAAUAUGAUAAGGAGGUGAAGAAAUUCCAAGAAUACCAACAAAAACUGCGAUCAAUUCGUUCUGAACGUAUUAAAGAAGAAAAAGCAAUGCGAGAGCUUUUUAAAAAGAGGGAUGAAUUAAAGUUAGCUCUUGAAAGAGAGGAUGAUCCUCCUGUCUCACCAGAAAUGCUUCUUGCUCAGCAAGCUUUAGGUUAUAUACAACAAUUGGUGCAGAAUCAUAGGUUAGUUGAUGAUAUAGUAGAUGGUGAUAAAAGUCAAGCUGAAGUACAUCCUACAUAUUCAACUAUUAAAGGAAGAGAUAAAGAUGAAUCAAUACUAUUACCUAAGAACCAGAGAGAUGAAGAGUAUCUCCUUCCACCAACAAAACUUAAAAAUAAAAAGAAGGUGCAUUCUAACUUUAACAAUAGUAAAUCUUUGGUUGUUGAUUUGGUCACAAUAGCUACUUUUAAAGAAAUGAACUUGGACAUUCCACUUACUGUAGAUGACUUGCCGAAUUGUCUUAAUCAACUAAAGGAGAAGUAUUCAUUACUAAAAAAGGAAAUGGAUGAGAAAUAUGCAAAUCGUGAAAAGAGAAAAGAAGAAAUAUUGAGACAAUUACAUGAAGUUGAGAAAAAAAUUGCUGAUUCUGGUGGGAUCACUGACGAUUUUGGUUUGAAAAAUGACGAGAAAAGUGAGUAG